AUGAAUGUGAUAAAGACAGAGCAUACAUACGAGAUCAGUUCCUAUUAUCUCUGGACGGAUAACACUACCGUUCUCCAAUGGAUUCGAAGCCACAGUGACCGGCAUCCAACGUUUAUUGCAAAUCGAAUUGCGGAGAUUCAAGACAACAGUGACCCAUCUGAAUGGCGACACGUCCCUGGGCGUCAAAACGUAGCGGACGAUGGUAGCCGCGGCCUCCAACUUGCAAACCUUGAUCCAGAAUGCCGUUGGUUAAACGGGCCGGCCUUUCUUACACUACCAGAAGAAUUUUGGCCUGUAGACAUCGCCGUCCCUCAAGAAGUUAGUUUGGCAACUGAAGUGACUAGUUCUCCCGGUGUCAACGACGUUUCGAAAGACAGUCUUCACGAGUAA